AAGAAUCUAAACGACUACCCACUACCUAGUAACGUCAGUAUCGAGGCAUCGGACGAUAACGAGUAUGUGAUUCGAGUAGUUUUAACACUCGUGUUUAAUGCACAAGUGUGCGCGGACGUUUUCAUAUCGAACGAUAAGAAAUACAAAAUAUCUACGAGAGUUUGUUUAGAUUUUUCGGCGCCUAAUUUUUACGGUGAUAACGGAUAAUGUCUAUUUAUGAAACGGUUACGAUAGCCCCGGUAGGCAAACACACGUCAACUGUAAGUAAAAAUAAUAUACAAACUAUCACUUAACAUUUAAAAUACAUACAUUUCGUAUAAAUAUUUAAUAUAGUAGCCUAAAUCAUAGUCUGAAUACUUCUACUUAAUACCUAUAGAGUAUUAAAAUAACAGUCUAUCAAAAUAUCUGAAAAAACACUUGGAUUAAAAUUAUGACUAAAGUAAAAAUGUCCUGUGUAAAAAAAUAUCACAAAUAUUUGUAUUAGUCACUACGUGCCUCUCACGAUGACCACCACACUUUGGGUUUAUAUGACACCGAUUGUGAUUUACUUUAAAUAAUAGGUAUACAUUUUGUAUAUUUUGUAUCUGUAAUCUAUAUAUUAUUAUUAUAUAUUUUGUAUACCUAUUAAAUCAAUAUAAAUAAAUUAGACUAUUGAUUAUGGUAUACAAAAUUAUUAACGCAACAAUUAACUUUGUGAAAAGUCAAAUUGCUGACAUUAGUACAGUGCCUGUUUUGUUUAUUUUCUGUUAGCAUUUAGAUUAUAUUUUAAUGAUAAUAAUAAUCUUUUGUUUAUUAGGUAGGUAAAGAAUUUAACACAUCAUUAUGUUUAUUAUCAAGAAUAGUAUUAUAUUUAAAACCAAAAUUUAUAAUAUGGCGCCACUAAUAAAUUACAAAAUUAUUUGAUUACAAUGGUUUAUUUGGAUAUUCGAUACCUUCUUUGUAAGAAAAAAAAAAAAUACAAAGUUUAAUAUUAUUAUCAUAUUAUUGUAAUAGUGAGCUGGGAAAAUCUAACGGAAAACUAAUUAUAUCUAUCCAUUUUUUUCAUUAAAUAUAAUUGAGUUAAUUGAGAGAAUUGAAAUUGACAAAAAAAAAAGGGGGGGAGGGGAGGUAUUAUAACAAACAAUAUCAAAUAAAAUAGUCAUAUUAUAUAAAUAAUAUUAAUACAAAUUAUACACAAAUAUACAAUAUUUUAUCUAAAUAUAUAGUAUACAUAUAUAUUUAGGUAUAAUACCAUUAUUGUAUUAUUUGUUGCAUCAAUAGAAUUUAUAUGUAUAUUAUACUAUUUAUGACGAUUAAUCUGUUAUUUGUUUAUUAUUACUAUGAUAAUAAACUGGACCAAUUUACAAAGAAAUAUUAUACUAAGGUCAAAUCGCAAUCAGUUCGGACUAAAAGAAUCUCAACGACUACCAACUAGUAAUGUCAGUUGCGAGGCAUCGUACGAUAACGAGUAUGUGAUUCGAGUAGUUUUAACACUCGUGUUUAACGCAUAAGGAUGCGCGGACGUAUUUUUAUCGAACGAUAAGAAAUACAAAAUAUCUACGUGAAUUUGUUUAGAUUUUUCGGCGCCUAAUUUUUUUCGGUGAUAACGCAUAAUGUCUAUUUACGAAACGGUUACGAUAGCCCCGGUGGGCAAACACACAUCAACUGUAAGUAAAAAAAAUAAUAUACAAAUUAUCACUUAACAUUUAAAAUACAUACAUUUCGUAUAAAUAUUUAAUGUAGUUGCCUAAAUCAUAGUUUGAAUACUUCUACUUUAUGUUCUAAAAUAUCAUGAAAUUUGAAUGAAAUAUUUCAUUUUAACAAAAAUCAAAUAAUUCUUAUUUUUCAUAAUUUAUUUUUAAAUUUAAAACUUUAAUAGUACCUAUGGCAUACAUCUACUAAACGUAUUAAAAAUCCAAACUAAUUGACAAAUAUUUGAAAACAAAAAUAUGUUUUUAAAUAUUUUAAAUGCAUUUUCAAACAAAAUAUUUCAUAUUCAUAACCUUGCAAUUUUAUUAUGCCCACCUACUGUGUGAUAUAAAAAAUGAUUCGAUUUGAUUAGAUUAAACGCAAUAAUAUUUAAAUUCAAGUCUCGCGUCAUAGUCAAAUUAUCAUUUUAUUAAAAUAUUAUAUUAUAUUAAUUUUAUUAAAUUACUCAAUUUAAAUAUCACGUUGUAUGGAAAAUUAAUUUGUUUUGUCGCCAAACUUGACAUCAUAAUGAGAAAAACUCUGCUACAUUAAAAAAACAUGUUAUUUUCGUUCAUAUUAUUAUAUAAUAUUAUGUAAAAAAAAAUAUUGUAUGCUAAAACACGUUUCGAGGAAUCACAUACCUACCACCUACCUUGAUAUUUUGAUAAUCAAUUAUGUAUACAAAGACAUUUAAAAUUUGUUUGCCUACGUUAAAAUUAGUCGGGUUACCACUCGCAGUAUAUUAUAAUAGUUAAAUGAAAAAAAACUCUUUUAUAAUGAAGACUUAAUUUAAUGUGGGACGAAUGAAAAAAACAAACUAAUUAAUUUAUCCUGAAACUAAAAAAAUACGUGUACUUGUAUUAAUUUUAUACACGUUAAGUAACACAAUAAAACUGCGUGUAUUUUAUGUUUACACAAAAUAUAAAAAAAAACCACAACUAAUUAAUUUAAUAUCCACGCGAUAUUUGAUAUAAAAAUAUAAAAUAAAUGAAUAACAGUAAUUUUGUAUUAUUAUUAUUUAAAUAAUAUCCUAAUUAAAAUAAUUUAUUUCUUAUUAGAUCUGUUUAUCAAUAAAAUGUACAAUAUCUUAUAAAUUGAGUAUAAAAUAUAAUAAUUAUUUUCGUAAAUAUAUAAUUUAAAUUUGAGUAAAUAAUAAGGUUGAAUAAGGUCAUUAAAGUAAAAAAAGGGUAUCGUAUCACUUCUUUUCUAAAGUUUCUACAAAUUUAUCCAUCAUUACAACACAUAUAGAACUCUAUUCUAAGUGAAAUAAUUUGAUAUAAGAAGUGGUUAUUCAUAAUGUUAUGAACAUAUUCAUGAAUCAUUUAAUUGGAAGUACGUAACCUAAUUUUCAACACCUAAUUUACUAUUCGGUAACCCAAAAUUCAAAAAUUCAAACCUUUAUUUAUAAUAUCUAUUGAAAAAUGGCUAUAGCCAAAUAUUAUGAAUAAGGAAAUAGUGGUAGUAACUAGUGAUGAGGCACACUGAUAUUAUAGAAGUUGUGUGCCUUUGAAGGAGAGUGAAAACCAGCUAAACCCUUCCACCACCAUCCGUAAAUGUUCCACUCUUCGGAAGAAGAACGCUAUUAGUCUUUAGUAUCAAAACCAUCUAAAUUAACACGUCUUAAAGUUUAAAUAAAUGUAGAUUUAUACAUUUAUAAUUUUACCCAAUCAAACGAAAUAUUGUGUAGGUAACUGUUUAAUUUGUAUAAAUGCAUUUACGAUAAUAAUAAAUUUAAAUUCAAAUUAUUAUACUUAUUAUUAUUACUUAUAAUUAUUAUUGUUCUUAAUAUUGUAAUUUAAUAUUGUAAGUAGUAUUUAUAUUUAUAUUAGCUGACCCGGUAACGUUUUGUUAUUGUUAGAUAAUAGUGUAAAUAAUAAUAGUUUUCUUGUAUGUGACAGCCAAAUUAUCAUUUCAUUAUCAAGGUAAGGUUAGAUUGAAUAAUAUCAAAAUUAAAUAAACAAUUAUAUAUUCGUUAAAAAAAAAACACUAUUUUACCAUGUAAAGAGUUGAAUUUUCGAAAAUCCUUUCUUAGCGGAUGCCUACGUCAUCUAUACGUUAAAUUCCAGCCUGGUCCAUCCAAUAGUUUGGGCUAGACACACAUGAAUGAGUCAGUUAGUCAGUCAGUUAGGACAUGCUAUUUUAUAUGUAUAUUGUAAUAGAAAUUAUUCCUAUUCGUAUUACUAUAAAAUAAUUAUUAUAUUCAAAAUACGAUACAUAUGUUUUUAUUAUAAAAUUAGACAAAAAAAAACAUUAUUCAUUAAACCAUUUAAAUAAAUAAAUAUAUCAGUAAAUGAAAGUUUUGGCGUCAUAAAGACUACCCGAAAACCAAUGAUAACAGGUAUUAUAUUAUGAUAGUUUUAACGUAAAGAAGUGGGUUUCUAGUGGUUAGUUAGACAUUGUCAGCAACCCAAAAUACCUCCUAAUUUUGGGUACAGAAAAUUAUUUAGUUCAUUAGAACAAGCAUUUUGAAUUUUGCGGUAAAUAGGUUUAUUUAACGACGAUCAAAUACUUCGAGAAUGUUCAAAAGAGCCGGUCAACAAUUUUUGAGUCCGUUAGAUAUUUUAAUACACUGCAACAAGGUUGAACCGUAACUAUAACACAAACUAAAUUUUCGGAGUUUUCUAACCGACCAAAAUUUAAAAAUAAAAAGGAUUUUGAAUAUUUGAUGAAGGAGACCUAAAUAGUUUGGAUUAAAGUUAUUUAUAUAUCUGAAGUUAAAAUGUCUGCAUUAUGAUUUAUUUACUAAUUUUUGUUUUUUUUUUUUUACAAGGUUCGCUUUAAGGAAUGUAAAAUAAAUAUAAGUAGAGAACAGACAAUUGGUAAUUAUUAUGGAUUUUAUGUAUGGCUUAAUUUUUGAAAUAUAAUUAAAUGCAUAAAUUACUCGAUAGAAAAAACAAGGUUUAAUAAUUUCAGAAAUAAAGAUAAAACUAACAAAAAAAUUUCUGGAUUUCUAUGAAAAAAAAAAAAAAACUGUCUAUAUAAUAAACUAAUUUAUAUUGAAAUAAUGAUUGGAUGAAAUCCUGCAAAAUGAUCUAAUAACUGAUAACAAAAUAUAAUAAACCAGACAUCAUAUCUAUAAGUAAUUCUUUACAGGUUUAUAAACUAAAAUACCUUUUCAAAUACUAUACCUAUAGAAUUGCUUAAAGUUUUGACAUUGAACAUUUAAAUAAAUAAAUCAUUAUUAACAUUUUAUUUUACCUAAUUAAUAUACACCUUAAUAAAUGUCUUCAUCAGAAAUUAAUUAUUGAUUAUGUAACAAAAUUAUUUUCAUAAUUUAAUAAAACGCAAAUAUACUUACAGUAAUAUCAAUGAAAACUCUUACAUUAGUAGGUACUUAAUUAUCUUUAAGCGUGAUUUAUUAUAGAUAAAUUUUUAAUACUAAUUUUAAUAAACGUCGAAUACAUUUAAACCUCUUAUAAGCCUGUUAUCUCGUUAAAUUUAUAUAGCAUACAGUCGAUUCGAUAAUUAAAGAUGAUAUUAAAAAAAAGUUUACAAAUUGACCUUAAAUAUUUUUAUCUAUACUUUUGAAAAACUAUUAUCUAAGAAAAAUUAAAACCAGAAUUCAGAUUUUGGUUAUAGGUAAUUGUAUCAUACACCUGAAUGGUCUCAAUGGGAUUGGAAAUUAAGAAAAUCAUACUUUAGGUACAUCGUUGAUGACCAAAUAUAUCAAAUGGUAAAUACUCAAAUUAAUCCAAAUAAAAUGCCUGCGAGUGGUUUAAUAAAAGGUUAUCUAUGUAUUUUUCGAAUGAAUUCACCUACAGUAAAAAAUAAAAAUAAUUUAAAACAGAAUAGUAUUUAACUACAGUAUGGUUGCACUUCAAAAAUAUUAUGAAUUAUUUUUAUUUAUCAAUUGAUAUAAACGGUUGUGGUGUUCUAAAAAGCACAGAAAUGAAAUGUUUUCGGACGACCACCACGUUUCACAAUCGGUUUUUAAUUUAGAAGUUGUACAGAAUGUCCAACAAAAAUAUAACCAUAGCAAUAUUUCGGAAAGUAUUAACUUUUUCAAAAUGUCUUUUUUUUUUCUUUGAAAACUUAUGAAACAAGCCACUCAAAAAUAUUUCAUUACUAUAAUUUUUGCUCAUUGUUAUUAUUUGCAGUGAAAUAACUACUUCCUUAUGAUUUUUAAACGACAACCUUUACCAUCUCAUAAAUAGAUGAAGUAUUCUAUUAUUAGAUUAGUUUAUUUACAUUAUGGCGUUGAAAUAUUUGAUUUCUGUCAACUCGUUUUACGAGAUAUUCUACUUAUAAGUUUGGAUAGGGCCAUAGGUGAUAGUAGGGAAACAGGUAACUUGCAUUAGAACCCCAACAUCAAAUUUCAUUAAAAAAUUUACACCGACAAUUGUUAUUUUAUUUGUGCACAUUUGUAACAUGUGCAAAUUUUGAAUUUAUACAGCAUUCAGAACCCGUGAAAAUCGAUAUUUACUGCGGUGGUCUUAAUGUAACGUUACUGAGUGCCGUACAAAUUCGAAAUUUGCGAUUAUAAAGGAUUAUAAAUAAAAUAAUAAUUGUUGGUGCAAAUUUUUUAACGAAAUUCUAAGUUGGGGGUAUUAAUGUAACGGACUUUAGUGGAACACUAUUAAAACGUCACGUGCCGUCCUACCAUACAAAUGAUGCUCCACUACUCUCCCCUACACAAAUUUCUAAGUGGAUUAUCUCGUCAACGGGUUGACGGAAAUCAAAAUCUGCAACACCACAAUGUAUAAAAACUAAUAGUCCAUAUGUAAAUGGAAUUUUCAAUAUAGGUUUCCUUUUUAAAAUCAAAAUUAGGUAGUCGCUCCACACCUUAAAAUUAAGGUAGCAAAAAAUACUGAUAAUGUAACAUUUUAGAGUUGCAUGUUUCUUAAAUUUAUAGAAUAAAAAUCCGUAAAUGUCAAUACUUUCCAAAAUAUCGUAGUAGGUAUAUUUUCGAUACACAUAUUAUUAUAUUCGAAAAUAUUUACCAAAAUUAUUUUAAAUUAUUUAUUAUUUAUAAAUUAUGUAUUAUGUACAUAUUUUUAUAGGUUAUAUUUUUAUAUUUUAAAUAUGAACAAAGACUGAAUAAUAUUAAAAUAUCUUCACCAUUAACGUGUAAAUUACCAAAUCUAUUUGGUUUUUUUUUUUCACAUAAAAUAAUAGACGUCAUACAUUAUUUUAUCUAACUUUAACCGGUUUUUAUAAUAAUAAUUUUAGUUGCAUUCUUUUUUUUUCAGAUUGUUUUUUUCCACGGCCUUGGCGAAUCGGGGUAAUUAAUUAUACAUUUAUAUUUAUUUAACUUAAAAAACAAUUUAAAAAUUUCAUUUCUUACACUAUAUAUAUACUUACGAGGGCGGGCUGAUAAGUAAUUUUUUAUCAUCUUUUAUCUUUUAUUCCCUCUCCAUAUAAUUUAAAUAAGUAUAUACUUUCAUUUUUCAAAUAGGUACCCCCCCCCCUUUUAAAACACCAAUUCGAAUAGUGGAUAUUUCUCCAGAAAUUUUGAUAUGCAUAACACUAAUAUCAGAUUUUCCGUUUUAAGUUAUAAUAGUAGGGAGCAAUUGUCAAUUUAUCAUUUAAAAAUAUCUAAGUAAUUUAUUAUCAUUUCCCACUCCUUCGGUCUAAAUUUCAAACGGUUAUAACUCAUAAAUAGUAAAUCUGAUAUUAGCGCUAUGCAUAUUAACUAUUUCCAGAAAAAUGGUCUCUACUAAAAUCUGUGUUUAAAAAAUUCCUCUAUUUAAAAAAAAAAAAUAUAGACGUAUUUAAAUUAUAUGUAGUGAGGUUAAAAAUUAAAAAUGGUUUUGAAAUAAAACUUGAACAAUUCUACAAAUCGUUAUUGCUAUUAAUUAUUUUGAUUUAGUUUAUCGUUAUACAAUAAACACAAUUUUUUAUUAUGAUAUGAAACAUAUAAUAUAUUAUAUAUUAUGUAAUAUAAUUUAACCUAAAACUAUAAAUAAAUAUCAACAACAUAUAGAAUACAAAUUAAAAUGUACAAAAGUGUAUAAUAAUAUAAUAAAUAACUAUAACGUUACGAAAAUAACAAUUAUUGUAUAACCCUAAGGUUAACCCUAUAUUUAGUUAAUAAUUACACAAUUAAAUUGGUUUUACGAUUUUUUUUUUUUUUUUGUACAAUGUAUUCUAAACCGACAUCAUUACCUACUCUUACGAAAACAAACUAUACUGUUAGGCAGUACUACUCGACGUCGCUCAAGCCUUCGACAAGGACUAGCACACUGUACUCCUGUUUAAAUUUAAAAUCUUCUCCUCCAUCCCUAUUUCUUAUUUUUCAAAUAGGGUUGUCAAAAUCGUCAUUUUUUAACUAAAGUAGACUCUGAGUUCUCGAACCUAGCACCCGUCCUGGCCGGAAUACUUCAAGGUGUUAUAUCAUCUCCCAUUCUUUAUAAAAUAACGUGUAUAUAUAGACCCGUAGGCUCAUCAACCAAUUUCUCCUUACACGUCAGUAGCUGAAUUUGCCGAUGAUAAAGUAAUUUUUACUUUUAAUGACAACCCAUUUGUCGUCAGCCAGCGUUUACAAAGUUAUCUUAACAUAAAAGCAUGGUAUUCCAAAUGGAUAAUAAAAAUAAAUAAUGAAAACUCUUCGCAUUUCUGUCAAAUAAAAUUAUACUAUUGGUUAUUAGCGUCAAAAACUUAGGUCUGAUUAGAUACGCUUAACUUAGACCAAGCAUAUAAAACAAAAACGUAUUUUGCAAAACCUAGAUGAAAGUCUCUGUACCCACUUUUAGGUUAACUUUUAAAUUUAUUCCAAACCUAACCUGAAUAAUAAACAGUUGCUUUACAAAACACUCCUUAAGUCUAUUUGGGCCUGCAGUAUCCCAUGAUGGGACGAGGCAAAAAAAUUCAACAUUUACAAAAUUCGUAAUUCGUGUAAUUACUAAUGCACCCAUCUAUGUAUCGCAAAAAAACUACUCGGACCUUGGACUAAAAACUGUCACCGAUGUGGCUACAUCCUCUUAUAAACAUUUUCGUUCUCACCUAAUGAACCACUAGAAUCCACUUAUUCUUGCAUUUAACUCAGUCAACAUUCCUGGAAAUCCACUGAGAAGACUUAAGAGGCGCUAGUAUCGUGAUUUGGCAAAACUAAACUGAUACAUAAAAAUAAAAAAUGUAAACUCAUAAUGUUUGUAUCGAAAAUAACCUAACAAUUUAUCUCCUCUGAGUGUUACUCCUAUGUGGCUACUCUUCUCAAGCUUUCAGGUCAUAUAUAUUAUUAUUUGUUCAGCUUAUAUGCUUAUUAUAACCUUUAUUAUAGAUUGUAUAUUAUGUUAUCAUGAAUGUUAAAUAUAUAUAUAUAUAUUCUGAAAAUAAAAACUAUUGAAUUAUAUCUUGUCUGUUAUGUAUUAUGUGAAAACGCUAAUUAACACCGUAUAUCAUUGUACAGAGCCAUUCAAUUAGAAUUGGGUUAUUGAAUGGGGUUAAAAUGUAUGCAUAUGAAUAGCAUUUUGUCGAGAGUAUGAUUUCGAUGGUUUCAACUUUCAAUCCUCGUCCAUACUAUAUUUAAAUAUGUUAACAAAAAUCUCGAGAACUACUUUACCUAUUCUGAUAUGAUAUCUAUUUUGUUAAAUUCCUUAUAAUAAACAAAAAAUUACAGGAUACUUUUUAUGUCUGAAAGAGCAAAGGGUAGUAAAAUGUGAUAUAAACAUAGGCUAGAGAAAUAGAGAGUAAUAUUUAAAGGAAAGACAUUAAGGAUAAGUAGAAGUAAAAUAGAGUAUGAAUUUGGAGUAACAGAAUAAGACAGUUAAAGAUAAUAAGCGGUUAUAGGCCAGGUUGAGAGUUUUAAGUACCUAGGAUCUUUUGUACAAAAGAAUGGUGGCUUUCAUGAUAAUAUGAAACAUAGAAUUAAGUGUAGUUGGAUAGAGUGGAGAAAAGUGUUGGGUGUUUUAUGUAACAAGAAAAUUCCAACGAGAUCAAUAGUAAAUUUAUAUAAUAUAUGUAUAUAUAUCAUACAAUAAUUAUAUAUAAUAUAAAACUAUCAAUUAAAUAUUUGUAUAGAAAGAAUAUUUAUAAAAAAAAAUGUGUAUCAAUUACUCACCCACAAAAUUCAUCAGGUUUAUUUAUUUUAAACCACAAACAAAAAUUAGAACGGUAAAAUAGAUGCUUAACGUGUUAAAAUCAUCUUAAUUAUUUGAACACUAUAAUUUUAUUUUUUUUCCAGAAACAAUUGGUCCGAUAUAUUUUCAACAUUACGGAAACCGAAUACCAAAAUUAUUUGUCCCUCCGCGUGAGUUUAUAACAUUAUGUGUCGUGAACAACGAUUUAUAUAUACAGUAAUAUUAUAAUAUAUUGGUAUUUUUUCUUAGUUCCAAGAAACCGUUGACGUUAAACAAAGGGUUCGCGAUCCCGGCGUGGUUUGAUAUAACUUCAUUAGACGAAAACGCCCCAGAAAACGAGUCGGAUAUCCUACGGGCCGUCGAUAACGUGCAUGCACUUUUAGACGAAGAAUUAGCUAGAACUAAAUUGCCGCCCAAGAAAUUGUUAUUGGCGGGCUUUUCUCAAGGCGGAGCCUUGGCCUUGUAUUCGGCGCUCACUUACCACAGACCUUUGGCCGGAAUCCUAAUACUCUCCUCUUGGAUACCGUUACACAAGACCUUCCCGGAAGUAAGUCGUAUAUUAUUAUUUAAAAUUUCACGGGAUAUCCAAACUAUUUUGUGUAUAUUUCUGUAUGUACACAAUCUUAAAAUUUAAUAAAAUUAAAACUGUCCAAUUGAAACGGUUUUUCAAACUGUUAACGUUGUAAAUAAUGUUCAAAUUAGGCUAAAUCCAUUGUACAUAUUAUAAUAUACAUUUAAAAGUAACUAUUUUGUAUUUCUAGGCAGCCACGAAUAACACCAAAAUACCGAUAUUCCAAUGUCAUGGAAUGGAAGAUCCUGUUAUUCCUUAUAAUUUGGGUACACGAACAUCGGAAAUCCUCAAAGAAUUCACCACCAAAAGCCAAUUCACUGGAUACGAAGGUCUAUUGCAUCGCGUAAAUCAAAAAGUAAGUUAAAAUCUACUGAAAUAUUUAAUAAAAUGAAUUCAUUUUUUUUUAUUCAUCUUAUAAGGUAAUAGCUACACUUAUUCAAAAAGAAAUUGUCAAAUUGUUAGGGUAAAACAUAUUAAUUAAUAUCAUUAAUUUUCAAUGAGAGGUAUAAUAAUUUUAACCAAUACGAAUAAAUAAUGCGUGAAACAUUUUUACAUUUUGAAUAUGAAAUAUGUUUUUAAUAAUUAUAAUGAAUUGGUAAUUUAAAACUGAAAAUAUUUAAUGUCAUAAUAUUUUGUAUUAGUUAUUAGUUUUUUUUUAUUAUUUUUGUUUUAUUUUUUAACAGGAAUUGGAAGAUAUUAAAUCGUUCAUUCACAAAACAUUGACGUAAAAUAUUUUGAAUUAAAUACCUAAUAGUAAAAUUCAAGAGACUUAUUUAGCGAAAAUACCAACGUCGCAUACAUAUAAUAUGUAUUAAAUUAAUUGGUAUUGGAUUUGAAGUAUUUAAAAAGUUUGUAGAUUAAAUAAUUUAAAAAUGUCAAAAUGGCAAAAGCAAAUGAUUAUCCAUUGAAACUCAAUGAAACAUAUACUUGACGCACUACUAUAAAAAUCUUCACUAGUUUUUGUUAUUUUAUAAUACCGAUAUACUAAUCUGAAAUUAUCGUUCUUUAAAUUUAUAUUCUUGUAAAAUUAAAAAUAAAUUAUUACUGUACAUUGUAUAUAUAGAAGGUAGUGAAAUUGUUAACAUUUUCUCCUUAAAAUUGAUGGAUAAUUAUUGUUGCUUGGUGAUAUUUCAUAAAUUCAUGAUAUAGAAACAUAUGUGUAUUAUAAUAAUAUAAUGAAGGUAUUGGAAAAUUUGUUAUAUCUACCGACAAAAAUGAAUUUGUAUUAUUUUUAUAACAUUCGUGUAAUCCUAUAUAAUAAUUAUAAUCUAAUCCAAUUCACCCAACUUAAACGCGUUGAUAUCUUAGUCAUAUAGGAAACACAAUAUUAAUAUAUAUAAUUUAAACGAAAUGUAAGAGAAAAUCUAUACAUAAAACCAAAAUGAGGAUACCUAUUGAAUUAAUAAACUUUAAUUGAAUUAUCAAUUUAAUAAACAGAGUGAUGAAGCUAUUGGUUUAAAAAGUCUAUGUGUUUUGGUUUUUAUUCUCGACAAAUUAUUUUUAGAGAGACACAAAUUUCAUCUAAUUCCAUAGUCUAAACUGUAGAUGAUACCUAAUUA